GGUCAAGAGAAUCAUGACAUCCUUGCUGAAUCUUUCCUCUAGACUCGUCGGAAAAAGUGUCCAAGAUGGCUUGCUAAAUGCAGCCAUCCGACCAGCAGCUACACAAAGAGAUUUUCAUUUUAAAAUCCAGGGACGUAACCAACGCAAUACAGAUGCUAAACAUUCAACAGGGAGUCAGAUCUCUACUGACUACCCUGUAGUUGAUCAUACAUACGAUGCAGUAGUUGUUGGUGCUGGAGGUGCUGGCCUUAGAGCAGCUUUUGGCCUUGCCAAUGAAGGAUUUAAGACAGCAUGUAUCACAAAGCUUUUUCCAACUAGAUCUCAUACAGUGGCUGCACAGGGUGGGAUCAAUGCCGCUCUUGGUAACAUGGAGGAGGAUAAAUGGCAGUAUCAUUUCUACGAUACUGUCAAGGGAUCUGAUUGGUUAGGAGACCAAGACGCCAUUCACUAUAUGACCAGAGAAGCCCCUCAAGCUGUUAUUGAGUUGGAAAAUUACGGCAUGCCUUUUAGCAGAUUGGACAAUGGUAAAAUCUACCAGAGAGCUUUUGGUGGUCAGAGCACCAAGUUUGGCAAGGGAGGCCAGGCACAUAGAUGCUGUGCUGUAGCAGAUAGAACAGGCCACUCUUUACUGCAUACUCUUUAUGGCAGGUCAUUAUACUACGACACUGACUACUUCGUGGAGUACUUUGCAUUGGAUCUGAUAAUGGAAGAUGGUGAGUGUAGAGGGGUAACUGCAAUCUGUCUUGAAGAUGGAUCCAUUCACAGGUUCAGAUCCAAGAACACAGUCAUUGCUACUGGAGGUUAUGGCAGGACCUACUUCUCUUGUACCUCUGCCCAUACAUGUACAGGUGAUGGCACAGCUAUGGUAAGCAGGGCUGGCCUCCCUAAUGAAGACAUGGAGUUUGUACAGUUCCACCCCACAGGUAUUUAUGGUGCUGGAUGUCUCAUUACUGAGGGUUCCAGAGGUGAGGGUGGAUACCUGUUGAACAGCGAGGGUGAGCGGUAUAUGGAGAGGUACGCCCCAAAUGCCAAAGAUCUUGCCUCCAGAGAUGUUGUAUCAAGAGCAUCAACCAUUGAGAUCCGUGAAGGACGCGGUGUGGGUCCUGACAAAGACCAUGUCUUUUUGCAGUUAUCUCAUAUACCAAUUGAUCAGCUGAAGUCUAAGCUUCCAGGUAUAAUGGAGACAGCUCAUAUCUUUGCUGGUGUUGAUAUUACACGUGACCCUAUCCCCGUACUUCCAACUGUACAUUAUAACAUGGGAGGUGUGCCUACCAACUACAAGGGACAGGUGAUUACCUACAAGAAUGGUCAAGACCAACUCGUCCCAGGACUCUAUGCCUGUGGGGAGGCAGCCUGUGCCUCUGUCCAUGGGGCCAACAGACUAGGGGCCAACUCACUCCUAGAUUUAGUCAUAUUUGGUCGUGCCUGUGCUAACACAAUCACAGAAGAGAACAGACCUGGAGAUCCCAUUGGUGAAAUAAGUCAAAAUGCUGGUGAAGCAACUGUAGCCAAUCUAGAUGGGUUAAGAAAUGCCAAUGGAGAUAUUUCCACUGCAGAACUGAGACUCACAAUGCAGAAGAUAAUGCAGAGCCAUGCUGCUGUGUUUAGAGAUGGAGCUUCACUUAAAGAGGGAUGUGACAAGAUGUCCGCUCUCUACAAGGACAUGGAAAACCUCAAGGUGACAGACAAGGGACUAGUAUGGAACAGUGACUUGAUAGAAACCCUUGAGCUGCAGAAUUUGAUGCUUAACGCCAUGCAGACCAUUGUUAGUGCUGAGCAACGUAAAGAGAGCAGAGGGGCUCACUCCAGAGAAGAUUUCAAGGACAGACUGGAUGAGUUAGACUACAGUAAGCCACUGGAAGGACAAGUGAAGAAAGACAUGAAAGACCACUGGAGGAAGCACACAAUGGCAUGGCAAGAUAUUGAAUCUGGAAAUAUCACUAGACAGAGUGUGAAACAGUACCUCCUGCAGUUCGCACUUACUAAUGCUUAUGUUGGACUCACCAUAGGUGUGUCUUGAUUACCGACCAGUGAUAGACUCAACUUUAGAUAAGUCGGAAACAGACUCUGUCCCUCCUGCUGUU